AUGACGCAGUCGCCAAGUGUCUCCUAUGGAGGCAAAGGCCCCUUGAUUCUAGGGGUGACUUGGGCAGAGAUGAGUCUUGCCUUUAUUCUGUUCAUUUUACGGGCAAAGACUGCUUCGGUAUACCCCCAAGGCCAGCUGUCAUCUGGUUUUUUUGGACUACGAUGGGAUUUCGUGUGGGUGAUAUUGGCGUUUACUGUCGCUUUGUCGGCUCAGGUCACAAUGACAGUGAGCGCCCGCUAUGGACUCGGUAACCACCAGGAUCUUCUCGCCUACGAUAAUAUCGUCAAAACAAACCUAUGGAGUUGGAUUGCCCAAGUACUUGCCAUUAUCGAUCUAGUAAUUGCUCGGAUAGCCGUGAUCGCAUUCCUCAUGACAAUUCAGAACAGGACGAUGAGCAAGAGCAAGUAUUUACUAUACAGCGUUGGGGGGAUUCAGGCUCUCAUCAAUUUUAUCGAGAUCAUCUUGAUCUUCAAACAAUGCACACCAACUGAGAAAUUGUGGGAUAUCAAUCUCCCCGGCAAGUGCGAUAUGAUUGACAUCUGCUCAAAGGUUGGAUUUGUUCAAGGCAGUAUCGGAGCGGCUGCAGACUUCUUCUUGGCUGCCUACCCUGUAUACAUCAUUGGCCGGCUACAAUUGAUGAAGCUAUCGACCAAAAUCGGACUGUGCCUCAUUAUGGGAGGAGGCUUGAUUGCUGGUAUAGCAGGAAUCAACAAAACCAUUGCCAUUGCCUCCAUUACGCACGUUGAAGACCUGACCUAUGCGAUAUACCAACUCAACACAUGGGUCUUGACCGAAAUGUGGUUCAUCAUCAUAUUUGGAUCAAUACCUGUUCUACGCCCAUUUUUCGUUCGAUUCACACAAGACAUCAAGAGUGUGACUGGCUACUCUUCCAAGAAUCGCAGCAACACCGGUGGGUAUAGCGAUGGGAGUAAUAAUAAGCGAGAGUCUUGGGUGCAAUUGAAUGAGCAGAUACCAGGGACUUGGGCAUCCCAGAGCUCUGCCUAUGCCGACGCAACUCAUGACACCGAGUGCGAUUUACAUGGUGACUCGCCUUCAAAUGAUACCCGACAUAUCUUGGUGACGAAAGACACGAGUGUGGUGUCCGAGCACUGCCACGGCGAGUCACGUUGA